UUUUGCACAUGCCACACAACUGUUUUUUCCAUCAUUUUUAAGUUAAUGACAUAAAAAGCAUUAGUGGAUUAACAUUUUAAGAAUGGCUCCUUUUUAGUUGACUGCAGGACAUGUAUUGAUAAUUUGUUUUGAUUUUUGAUUUGAAAUGAAGUCAAUUUGCUUCUUUUCACAUCAGAAUUUAACAAAAUAUUUAAUUUCCUUAGGGGUGCCUAAACUUUUGCAUACAACAGUAUAAUUCUAUGUUUUUAUUUUCUAGCUAUCUAGUUGUAGUUGUAAUAUUAGUGUAUAGACUGGACAAUGAACGCUUGUGGCUUAUUGCAAAUGUGUAAAUGUAAACUGACUGCAGCUCAGAGAGCAUAGGCUGGUCUCCUGCAGUCUUAUACUGUACCUUCUUUCCCUGUUCACUGUGAAUAUAACAGUAUAUCCAUAAUGCAAGAUACUGCCAAUAUGUGAUGCAUAAUAUAAUGAAAUACUGAAUACAAUGUAUGCAGUAUUGGUGAUUUUUAUCCUCACACCUGUUGCCUUAAAUCCCUAUGGACAGUUUGGUUUGUUCAUUUUAUUUGUGUUUCGUUUGCUUUUGAUUUAAAUAUUUAUAUUUUAAUAGUGAGCUCGGAUUCAUCAUCAAUUUCUCUUUGUCAAAAUACAAUGUCUUUGUGGGUUUGCCCCUGGUGUCAAGUGAGUUUUAGCAUGCAGCUCCUCAGUUUGUCCACUGGUCGGAGCUGUUCACCACUGAAUGUGUGGUAGUGAGCAUUGAUUUUGCACAGCAGCAGGUUUUAAGAUAAGAUAAAUCUUUUAAUGACCCUAAUGGGAGAGGCUGGUCAAUAUUGGCAUUAUUAAACAUUACCAAUCAUAGACGAAUUGGCACGUAUUGGAAAGUUGUUUUUGUGGGAGGGUGUUGUUAGUUGCUGAAUAUAUUAGGCUAUAUAUGGCACAUUAAAUAUAUUGAUAUGCUGAUAAUAUUUUACAUAUACUGGAUAUGCAACAUUCUGUUGGAUUUAAGACUAUAUUUUAAGGAAUGGGAUGUAUCGAAUAUUUCAUCCGGUUUAGCCUUUGCGCCAAUUCUAAAUAACAACCAAUGAGCUCAAUGGUCGACUGAAGGUAAUUGGGUUUUAUGCUUUAUUUCUCUUUGAAGUGAAAUGAUUGUAACAUUGAACUUCAUGCUAACAUUUUCAGGUUAUUUCGCCAUAAAAGAGUAACGUUGAGUCUGUUUUAAUAAAAUGCAUAAAUAAAGAAUAAUGAAGACAAUCGUAAUAAUCGGUCUUACAGGAGGCCUUUUUGGUAAUGAGGUUUUGUCCCUCUAAUUCAUCCUUCUGAAAAUGUCGACUGGCGACACGGCCAACACUUUAAUUGCUCCCAUUGAUUGAUAGAAUAAAAACACAACAAUGCAGCCACAUAGCCCGGGUGGUUUCCCCCCUAUAAGAAAGCUGGCUGAGUGAAUUGGGUGUAGCUGUGUCUGUGUGCGCCUUGGCCAAUGGAACCAGAUCCUCCCUGCAGUGCGUAAGAGCGCGAUUUAGGAUUUAACCAAGUCUUUGCUGCGAGGCUGGCUGCAGUCUUCACCAGAGCCCGACGGCCUGAGAGCCUUUCAACAAUGCCAGUGUAGUUUUCACACCGCGUUGGAGUCAGACUGCCUCAUUUUUUGCUAAUUAAAUAAAACAAACCCACGCGUUCGCUCUCGAAGUAUGACUGGAGUAUUCGACCGGAGGAUCCCGAGUGUGAAACCCGCAGACUUCCAGAGCUCCUUUCAACUCUCCGCCAUGCACCAUCCGUCUCAGGAAUCUCCUACUUUACCCGAGUCCACCGCCACGGAUUCUGGCUACUACAGUCCCGCCGGUGGAGUCUCUCACGGCUACUGCUCGCCCAGCUCCACCUCAUAUGGGAAGCCUCUCAAUGCUUACCAGUACCAGUACCCGGGGGUAAAUACGUCCGCUGGAAAUUACUCGACAAAAUCCUACACUGAUUACAGCUCGUACACGACCCCCGCCUACCACCAGUAUGCUGGGACUUACAGCAGAGUGCAAGCCCAGCCGAGUCCACAAGAAAAAGAGAUAAGUGAGCCUGAGGUGAGGAUGGUGAACGGCAAGCCGAAGAAAGUGAGAAAGCCCCGGACAAUCUACUCCAGCUUCCAGCUGGCCGCCCUGCAGAGGCGGUUUCAGAACACACAGUACCUGGCGCUGCCGGAGAGAGCCGAGCUGGCUGCCUCGCUGGGACUCACGCAAACACAGGUCAAAAUUUGGUUCCAGAACAGGAGAUCAAAAAUGAAGAAAAUCAUGAAAAACGGCGAGCUUCCACCGGAGCACAGCCCCAGCUCCAGCGACCCCAUGGCGUGCAACUCUCCACAGUCCCCGGCCGUCUGGGACACACAGGGGCCCUCCAGGCCGCACAGCCUACAGCCACAAAACAUCAACACGACGGCUACUAACUUUUUGGAAAAUUCGGGGUCAUGGUACACCGGCAGCUCCAUGACUUCCCACCUGCAGACCCCUAACUCGAUACAGCACUCAUUGGCUCUUGGAGCGGGGACGUUAUAUUGAAAAACCCUGUUGUUCAUUUCAAACUUUUUUUUCUCCUUCUAUGGGACUCGUGUUCAAAUUUCAGAGGAAUAUGCAAUGUAUUUGAUGACAGUCAUAGAAGAAAACGUGUAAAAUGUGUAAAUGUGUGCAUGUAAUUUAUUGCAUUUUGGAAGAAUAUUAAACGUUUAAAUGGACAAUGGAACUUUGAAACUUCCGGCCUCAGUACAGUCUCUUGUCAUUUUAACCCUGUUAUUUACAUUGAAAAUCACGACUCAGACUCACAGACCUAAAUAGCGUUUGUGAAUCUCAGGUGACAUUUUCAACACAAGGUUGUAAAUCACAGCUGCUCAGUGAUGACGUGAACUAUCUAUAGAAAAUGUAAAUCUAAUCUUGGUGGUUUUCAUUUGCGAUAAUAGCCACGAUCUCUAUUUAUUCUGUGAUUUUUAUUUGUUUUUUUAUUUUUUAUUAAAGACUUUGUUAUUUUAAAUCUGCAGAUGUUACGCAGACAGACUUAAUAGGCCUAUUUGUCUUGGGAGAUGGGAAUGAAAAAUAUCUUCAUCAGCAGACUCAGUUUAAUUUACAUUUAAAUAGUAAUGGAGGAAAAGAAUAAGAAUUUUAGUGCAAACAGACAUUAAGCAAAAGAAAAUGUUAUUGUAAAUACACUUCUGAGAAAACAUGGCUACUAUCACGGUAAGCCUAUCAUAAUAAUGACACUUGUUUUAAUUGAAUUUCGGUGCUCCUUAAUUGAACUGUAUUGAUUUGUGAUAUAAUAUUACUAUUGUGAUAUCUUCAUUAUAUAGUUAUAGAGAAUAUUGCUGUUUUUGUGGAAGUCAGUAGAGGAACCUUUUCUUGAUUUUUUUUAUUUAUUAUUAUAUUAUUUAUUAAAUACGAUCAC